UGAAGGAACUCUGUGCCUCAAUAUUCCUGUUAAAUAAGAAUAUAGGGAGGGUGUCCCAGGCAUUGUGCAAGGCCCUGGGAAUGCAAGGAGCACCCAACUUAAUAGGGAAGAGAAGAAACAGUUACAUUAAAAAUGGAAUCUUAGGCCAAGAUCUGAUGGACAAUUAGAAGCGAACAGAUCACUGAUAGUGGCAUUCUUUGACCAGCUGUCUUAUCUCGUGGUCCGUAGUGGAUAUAGCAGCCCAAGAUUAUACUCUAAUGGGAGACAACAAGCCAAGGGGUAACAGGCCCAACCACUAGUUAGGAUCACUGUCUUACAGUGUAGAUUUCAGAAGGAGUAGAGACUAGAGGAAGAGAAACCACCAUGGUGCUUGGUAGAUUCUAAAGGAGAGGGAGGCAGAGUACUAAUAAGAAAACUUGGGACUCCUUGGUGAUCUAGUGGGUAAGACACCACGGUGCCAGUGUAGGAGGCAAGGGUUCAGCUCCUUAUCGGGAAACUAGGAUCCCAUGUGCCAUGUGGGGGGUCGAGAGAGAGAAAUUAAUAGAGGAAGGAAGGAAAAGAAAAAACUUGACAGUUAUGACACUAUAUUAAUUACAAACCUUGAUUUUAGUAUUAAAAUAUGAAAAAGUGUGCAUCUUAGGAUCAAUGAAAUACUAUCAAAUGAACUAUAAAUUGGAAAUGAGAAGUAGGUUGAGUUAGACAUAUCCUGUAUAUUUGGUCUUGGGCUUUGCCACUUAACUAGCGGUCUGAGAACAAAUUUCUAAAAUGUAGCCCUUUUCUCACUUUAAAUUGAGCUGGACUUUAAUUACAUACUUUGAAACACUUUGUAACCUGCUGCUCCUCAUACCUUGGCCUUAAGCACCUGGGGGCAGGGUAACCACUACCUGCUUGUUUAGAAACAUGGAGCUAGGUCAGAGCUCCUGUUUCUGUUGGAUUUAUCUACUUGGGGAGCUGGCAGGGAGAUCUGGUCAGCAAGAAUGGGGCCUGUGUGGGCCCCAGUCUCGAGUGAAGGGGUACCUUUCUAUAUUUGAUUUCCUUUUCUGAUGGAUUGUGUUCUCCCAGAACCUUUUCUGGGCUGUGCAGAUUAUCUUGAUGGGGGCGGGGGGGACGGGGAUUGGGCAUUGGGGAGCCUUGGUGUGACUUGGUUAUGCAAAAGAUGUUACCUCCAGAGAGGCAUGGUAGAUGGAAAUGCAUGUUACUCAACCAGCAAAUCAUGGGUUUCCAGGCACAAUCCCUUCUCAAGUAUUCCCUGGAUGGACAAUGACAUGUAACUUGGGAUACAUCCACUUGGGCAAAACUAGAAGAAAAUGACACUUUUCUGCCAGAGGCUAUUAAAUGACCAAGAUGGAGUUACAUGAUAUGGACUCAGCUAUUCCAGGAGGCAGCUGUUUGCUCCCCUUUAUUAAUGUAGGCAGAAAAACCAAGGUGUGGUGGUUAAGAGACUUGCCUAUACUCAUACAAUGAGGUGCAACAAUGUUUUAACAGUGUUUCUCAAGCCAGGGACUCCUCCCUAAGGUGACUAAGCCUUCCCACUCAUUCUCCAGACCUGCCCACACCUGAUGUGGUUGCCCAGGGAGCUAAAGCUUCUCCCCAAACAAACUUGAACAGGUAAACGUGGUCUUUCCUCUCUGCCUUUGGCUAUUUCAUCCUCCUCUCUCUUUCCCUCUACCCCUCUGUCCUGUUUUCUCCAGGUCUUGGCUGGCGUCAGGAAAGGGGUCCCCUCCCAUGGCCUCCCACUCCAGGGAGCCAGGGCCCCUGCCCUGCGGGUCCUGUGACAUGGUUUUCCGCUCCUGGCCCCUGCUGGCCACCCACGCUCGGCACUUCUGCAUCGGCGGUCAGACCCGGGAGGUGACAGUUGGAGCACAGCCCCCAGUAGCCACCGAACCACGGGUACCCGGGGAAAGGGCCUCCAUGGUCACGAGUGGGUAUUGGUGACUAACUUUCAGCAUUGCUCACCCCACACCCCGUCCGCAGGUUGUGCCACAAAAACACCAGGGCCUCCCGGACCAGGAGGCCAGCAAAUCAGCUCUGAAGAGGCUAACAGAGGAGGUGCAGCGGCUGCGGCUGUAUCUGCAGAAAAUGAGACCCUGGAUAACAGAAGUCCCCAGGGGGCCACCGGGGCCCUGGAUGUGUUCAGAGGUGACGCCUCAGAGCGCCUACUCCAAGGCUGCUGGCAGCCUGGGCGAGCAGCUGCUGGCGCUGCACUGGACUCGCGCAAGGCGCGUGGCAGAGACCGCGGCGCAGAGCUGGGCCCUAGAGCAACGCAGCGAGGAACUGAGCCGGCGCCUCCAAGGUUUGGCCCGGACCGGGAAAUCGCGUAUAUUCAGUCUGGAGCGGGAGCUUCGAGAACUCCGGGCAGAGACAGGGCGAACGCGGGGAGCUGUGGAGGAGUUAAGGGCGCACGUUCAGCAGCUCCAGGCCAACCCGGUCACCCGGCUGAACACCUUGAGAGAAGCAGAACUCUGUGGUCCGGUGCUACAGGCCACCCCAGGGACUCUGCCUGCGGAGAUCGGGGCCCUGCGUGAGGCCUACAUUCGAGGCGGGGGCCGGGACCCCGGCGUUCUGGGCUGGAUGUGGCAGCUGCAAGCGGAGGCAUCAGCUCUGGAACUUCGGCGGUCGCGGACCUGCAGGGGUGAACAGGAGCAGGCCAGCCAGGAGACCUCUCUGGAAAGAGGAAAGGGCGGAGGACGGGCAGGUGCUGCAUUCAAGGAGCUUCUAGCAGUGGAGGCUGAAAACCGGCGCCUGGAAGCAGAAAUCCUGGCUUUGCAAAUGCAGAGGGGCGCAGGCCAGAUGCCCUGGGAGCCCUCCCCAGAAGGCCAGGCUCAGAGAAAGGGGUUAGAGGAACCAUGCACGGGGAAUGCGACCCGUGUCUGCGCCCCAUCAGUCCGUGUCCACGCUCAUCUCCAGGUGUCCGUAUGGGUUUGGCUCUUGGGGAUGAGGUAUCUCAGCCCAACUACUUGCUGCGUCCUGCUCAAGGGCCCCGGCUCUUCCCUGUACCUAGGGUGCGGGCAGCCGAGACUUGCGGCCAAUCCGAGCCCACGCCUGAGGAGGGAAGAUCUCCUCCCGCCUCCAGUGGCUCCCCGGCUGCCGUCCUCCACCGGAGUCCUGUUCUUGGGUGGCGCUGAGAAGGCUUCGCAGCUUCCUGGAGCCAUGACCAGAAACCUGGCCGGGGAUCCAAACUACCUCCUACCCUCUAUUGACGUCCUGGGCCCUGCACCCUACGACCCCGGGGCUGGCCUUGUCAUUUUCUAUGACUUCCUGCGGGGCCUUGAGGCUUCUUGGGUUUGGGUGCAACUAAUGACUGGCUUGGCCCAAGAUGGACAGGAGUCAGGAGGGACCACUGCACUGCCCCCAGCCCUUUGCUUGCCCCCACCUCCAGCUCCCGGGCCCACCGGCAACUGUGCCAUCCUUGCCAGCAAGCAGCCUGUACCCAGACUACCACCCUCACCAUCAGUAGCCUUGAUCUGUGAGCUCCAGGCCUGGCAGGGGCUAGCAUGGGCUAAGGCACCACAGCCAAAGGCCUGGGCCUCACUAGCGCUAUUUGACAAGAAUCAGAGGUUGCUAAGUGGUUGUUGGCGUCUCCCACUUCGGGCCCUCCCUCUGGACCCCAGCCUUAGCCCUGAGCAGCUGAACGGGAUUCCCCAGGUUAAUCAAGCCGAGCUCUUUGUGAGACUGGUGAAUGCAAGAGAUGCAGGUGUCCAGGCCCUGGUAGAGGUCAAUCCAGCAAAUGCCCAUGAGUACCAGUACCCACCUCUGGUACCCAACUCAUCUUCACCGGAAGCCAGCCCCCUCGCCCCAUCAACUGCCUUUGUUGACCCCCCUCCUCCUGAAGAUGCCUGAACCAGCAGACUCAGGCAUAAAGAGGGUUUGGGCCCUCCCCACAGCUUUGACCCACCCCCACUGGCUCUGAGUCCAGAAGAAGAAUGGGGGUAUGGGGCCUAG